AUGGUACUCCCUCUCGCUACCCGCGCAUCUACGUUCAACCCUCCCACAAUCCCUCUCAAUUGGUCUACCGUAUAUGCAUGCGCAGUCGACGUCCCAUCCCGAGUAAUCGCGGACGAUGUCACUACCCAAUACACCGACAACACACCUGCGUCGUGCAUCGAGCGCUGCGAUGCUGACAACUCCGUAUACGCCGGCGUCGAGUUCAGCAACGAAUGCCAUUGCGGCACGGGCCUAGUCGGCACGCCGACUGCUGCCCCAACCACCGACUGCAAUAUGGCCUGCACAGGAGACGAGACUCUAUCCUGCGGGGGAUCUUUCCGCAUCCAGAUCUACAAGUCACCUGCUCUCGCUCCGGGCUCGUGGACGGGGCUAGGGUGCUUCGUAGACACGCCCACUACACCUGCAUUUGGUCCGCCUGUCGUGCAUACGACGUUUGCAUCGAAUCUGGACUUCGUUGACCAAUGUAUCGACUACUGUCAGCAUGUCGGAUACCCGUUCGCAGGCGUUGAAGACGCAAGCGACUGCCAGUGUAGCUUCGGGUUCGCCGGCGGAGUCGUGAGCGCGCCAAUAACCGACUGCAAUUCGACCUGUCCACUCCCUCCGGGGGAGGGGAGGGAGUUCUGUGGCGGCGUGCAGAGGCUGGAUGUAUUCCAAUAUGACUGGCCGGGGUUCUGA